AUGUCGACCUCCCGCACCCUCCCUCUGAUCCCACUCCCCGCAUCGACCGUCCUCUUUCCUCGCGCCACCAUCCGGAUCCCUCUUCAGAACCGAGCCGACAUUGCAGCGAUCCUAGCCAAUGUAUACAGCAAAGCUUCGCAUCCACGACCGGAACCCAACAGCGUCACCAUCGGCUGCGUGCCACUCAACAGCCAAUACCUCAGCUCAGAUGGGAAGCAGUUGAUCGAGGACGCGAGCGGCAACAAGAAGUCGGUCGCACAGGCCGACGCAGGCCAGGCGAACAAGUCAGAUUUGUUUCAAUAUGGUACCAUGGCAAGAGUCAGUGGGGUGCAAGGACAACGGCCGGGAGAGUUGAUGUUGGUUGUCGAAGGUGUCAGUCGGUUCAGGAUUGAGAAGAUCACACACGAGAAGCCAUACUUUCAAGCACAGGUUACGCUUCACAACGAGGAGCGUAUUGCCGAGAACGAUGAGAAGAUCAGCGGCCUGUUCGCCAACUUGAAGCAGCUCAGUCGGGAGUUGAUUGCUCUCAUUCGCCUUUCUGCGUUGCUGCCUCGUGGACCACAAACGACACUAUCACCGAUCCUCGCCCGGAGACUGGAGCUAUACAUCGUGAGGAAAGAUCUGCAAGAGGCGGGUGUGUUGGCGGACUUCAUGACCAAUAUCAUCGACUGCACAUAUGAGGACAAGCUGCGGAUAUUAUCCUCCUUCUCUGUUCAGGAGCGUCUCGAGCGUGUUACAGAGACCUUGCAACGAUCAAUCUCUGCUAUUCAAGGCAACACACGGAUCUUGUCCAUCAGCACAACGAACAACUCGAAGCAAGAUGGUGUCAUCGAUAUGGAUACAUUGAACAAGCUGCGGCAGGACCCACGGAUCAGACGAUUGGCAGCAGGGCAGAAUGGUGGCAAAGGGAAUGCCAUGCCGCCUGGUAUGGGUGGUCCAGGUGGCCAGCAGGAAGACGAAGCGAACGAGAUCGAAGAGCUGAAGAAGAAACUCGACGAAGCCGGACUCUCGCCGGAAGCCCGCAAAGUGGCUGACCGCGAAUUGAAGCGUCUCGCGAAGAUGAAUCCCGCACAAGCCGAACAUCAAGUGGUUAGGAACUACUUGGAGAAUCUGUCGGAGAUUCCCUGGACCAAGGUCACGGAGGACAAUCUGAGCACGGCGACAUUAGGCAAGGCGAGGCAGCAGUUGGACGACGAUCAUUAUGGACUUGAGAAGAUCAAGAAAAGGUUGUUGGAAUAUCUGGCAGUAUUGAAGUUGAAGCAGGCGGUGAAUGUGGACUUGGACCGGCAGAUUCGAGCAAUUACUGAAGUUGCCGCCGGUGCUGAUGAUGCGCAAAAGAAGGCGGAUGCACCACGAGAGCAGUCCUCUGAAGAGAUCAGCCUGCUCAAGCACAAGAAAAUGGUCGAUCGCUCACCAAUUCUGCUCCUGGUUGGACCGCCUGGUGUCGGCAAGACAUCCCUCGCCAAAUCGGUCGCCACCGCCCUUGGUCGCCAGUUCCACCGCAUCUCCCUUGGUGGUGUCCGCGACGAAGCUGAAGUGCGUGGUCAUCGACGCACCUAUGUCGCGGCCAUGCCCGGUCUGAUCGUGAAUGGUCUCAAGAAGGUCGGCGUUGCGAACCCUGUCUUCCUCCUCGAUGAGAUUGACAAGGUCGGCGCUGCAUCCAAUCACGGUGAUCCGUCCGCUGCCAUGCUCGAAGUCCUCGAUCCGGAGCAGAACUCCACAUUCGUUGAUCAUUAUGUCAACAUCCCGAUUGAUCUCUCCAAGGUCCUCUUCAUCGCCACCGCCAACAGCCUCGACACCAUUCCUCCACCUCUUCUCGACAGAAUGGAAACUAUUCACCUCUCUGGCUACACCACGCUCGAGAAACGUGCAAUUGCCACGCGCCAUCUCCUACCGAAACAAAUCAUCACCAAUGGUCUGCAACAGGAGAACGUCUCUCUUCCCGACCCAGUGCUCGACCACGUCAUCACAGCGUACACUCGCGAAGCCGGCGUGCGUAAUCUUGAGCGCGAACUAGGCUCGGUAUGCCGGUCCAAAGCCGUGCAGUUCGCCGAAGCUCGUGACUCCAAUGCCUUGGAGACGUAUUCUCCUAUGGUCUCUCUAGAAGACAUUGAAGAAAUCCUCGGCAUUGAACGCUACGAGGAGGAGCUUGCCGCUGCUUCCUCCCAGCCAGGUGUGGUGACCGGUCUGGUCGCUUACUCUUCCGGCAACCAGGGUUCAAUCCUCUUCAUCGAAGUCGCCGACAUGCCCGGCUCCGGCCGCGUGCAACUCACUGGCAAACUCGGCGACGUGCUGAAGGAGUCCGUCGAAGUCGCUCUAAGCUGGGUCAAAUCCCACGCAUACGAGCUCGCGCUCACCCACGACCCCAACGAGGACAUUAUGAAAGCUCGCUCCAUCCACGUCCACUGCCCAUCCGGCGCAAUUCCCAAAGAUGGACCCUCCGCUGGUCUCGCACACACCGUCGCGCUGAUCUCCCUCUUCAGCGGCAAGCCUGUGCCUCCGAACCUCGCCAUGACCGGCGAAGUCGCGCUGCGCGGGAAAGUGAUGCCCGUUGGUGGGAUCAAGGAGAAGCUCAUCGGUGCUAUGCGCGCUGGCGUCAAGAAGGUCCUCUUGCCCAAGCAGAACCGCAAGGACGCCAAGGACUUGCCGCAGGAGGUCAAGGAUGGGUUGGAGAUUGUGUUCGUCGGACAUAUCUGGGAGGCACUACCGCAUGUGUGGCCCGGCGCGGAAUGGCCUGGUCAGAGGGGCUGGGGUGGGGUGGAGAGUCGGUUGUAG